UGACCGGAUGACCGCACCUCUACUCGCGGAGAUAUGGACCUAAUCAUUUAACAAGUCGCUAUUGGAUUUUUAGCGGCAUUAUCAGUUUGAUUUGCAGGAGUGCGAUGGGGAACUCGUAUGCAGGCCAGUUGAGGACCACACGUUUUGAGGAGGUGCUUCGUAACUCCAUCGAGGCUUCUCUCCGCUCCAACACUGUGGUGCCACGGCCUGUCUUCUCCCAGCUCUACCUGGAGGCAGAGCAGCCAACCCUGCACAACGGCCGGGUAGAGAAUGAGGAUGAGGAGGAAGACGGCUCAGAGUCCAACAGCCCUCCCGUCCCGUACAAGAUGAAGCCCACCCCAGAGGGAUGCUGCACGACGGACGGAUUCUGCCAGGCGAGUAGAGACCUGCGUCUAUCCUCCCUGGUGUCAGAGCCUCAAGACGUGCCCCCAGGAUUCCAGCUGGUAGGGGCCUUGUCUGCAGGCGCACCAGACACCCUGCUGGUGUGUGCAGUCGACCACAGGUUCCUGCCCGAUGAACGGGGAUGCAACUCACUGCUGGGGUUCUCGGGGAACUGUAUAGGCUGUGGAGAGAAGGGUUUUCGCUACUUCACAGAAUUCUCCAACCACAUCAACCUGAAGCUGAGCACCCAGCCCAAGAAACAGAAGCACUUAAAGUACCAUCUGUACAGGAACAACCAGGGACAGCUGGUCAGAGGGGCUUCUAUCUGCUGGAAGGGCCUCGAGAGCAGAGGGAGACAGACAGUGCCCAACGCCUCUGACGGGCAUGUAACCUCAGACGAUCACUUCCCCAACCCAGCAGUCACCGCUCACCCUGCACACACACCCGGGAACUACACAGCCAGUUUCCCAUUAGAGCCCAUUGCCCCCCCUCCCCUGGGCAACGGGAGCCACAUCCCCCUAUCCCAGAAUCCUCUGCCCCAGACUCCCAUACUGUCAAAAGGACCUGGGAGACCCACAGUUAUAGGUACACUCAAUACGGGACCGCCUAAAAAGAGACACAAAGGCUGGUCUUCUGCUGGGGCUGAGACUGCUGUGAAGACCCCCCUAUCUUCCUCUUCCUCAUCACUCACCAAUUGGACCAAACCAGGUGUCCUACAGAAUCUGGGGUUGGAGCAAGACUGUCUGUCUCAGAGAGAGGCAGAGCGCUACGUGGUGAAGAUGGACCAGGAGGCCAGGGCGCACAUUGAUGACCUCAUACAGGAAGCAAACAGGAACCCCAACACACUCUUCAUUCUGGUUCAUGACCACGCUCACUGGGACAUUAGCAGUGGAGGGCAUGGUGCCAGCGGUGGUGACUCCGGCAGUGGGUUGGUGGACAGCCUGCUCAACUCCUGUCAGAUCAGAGACGCCAACAUCAUCCUGACUCUCCACGUCACCUCGUUCCCCUUUGCCCUGCAGACACAACACACACGCAUCAGCCCAUACAACGAGAUACACUGGCCCUCUGCUUUCAAUAAUGAAGUGGAUCUGUACCUUGGGAAGAUACAGUACUUUGGUGUGUGUGAGCUGCUGGACUCGACUCGUUCAGGCAGCGGUCUGCCUCUCCUCCGCUACGACAGCUCCUUCGAAAGCAUGGCCUCUGUCCUGGAAGAGAGGUUCCCCAAGCUACACAGUGCAGUGAUCCGGACCCAGGUUUUAAUACAACACUACUGUGUGGCCAUGAUGGCCGUGUCGGGUCGGUCUGGCUCAGGGGGGCGGAGCCAACAUAAACACACCUCCGUUGAGACGCUGGAGAUCGUCCAGAGCCUGCUUAGCUCCGCACAGCGAUGGCCCUCCCACCAUGGUCACAUGGUGCUGCUACGGCUCCCCUCAUUGGCUCUGGCAGGGUGGGCCCACCAACGGCUGGUGCGGAUCAGACAGAGACUGGGGCUGGGGGAGCUCUUUGAGAUCAUCGUGGGAAACCCCAGCCAAACCCUCAGCAUAGGACAGAGCUUCACUGAGCGCAUCAAGACAUGGCUGAAGAUCCAGGAGACAGACUGGGUUCCUCGUACCUACCUGGAGCUAGAGGCCCUGCCCUGCAUCCUCAUCCUCUCUGGGGCAGACCCCCUGGGAGAGUCCCUACCCAGAUCACUGAAGUACUGUGAUCUGCGUGUGAUAAGCUCCUCCUACCUGCAGCGCACGGCAUUAGAGCAGGAGCUAGGAUUGGCGACCUACCUGGUCAGGGUUGAGUCCCAGGGGUCACCACCCCACGUCCACGCCCCCGGCCUGGGCAGUGACCUAUCAGAGAGCGACUCAGACAAACUCAACAGCACCAACAAUGAGGAGAAGGAGGGGGGAGAGAACACUCUGAAAUCUGACCUCCCUGGCCUUGGUCACAGCGCUCCCUCUGUCCCUCACCCUCCCUCGGUUCUCCAGCCCCCCGAACCUUCCCCGACAGCAUUGCUGCAGACCCCCUCCAUCCCCCCAAGACCCUCACCGCCCCCCAACACCCAGAGCCGGCCCUCCAAGUCCACUUCCUUGGUUUCCUCCUCCCCCCUACCCCCCUCUCUCCUUCAGGGCUGCUCCUGGGCACGGGGGGUGAGCCGCCCCCCUUCCCUGCUGCUGCCCCGGGGACUCUAUGACAUCAUCAAGGCACGCGACGGGAGCGGGCUGCCUCGCUGCACCUCCUUCCUACCACACCGGUCUGUGACCUGGGCCAGCUCCUUCGGCCCUUCCUCUGUGUCAGACCUCUGGACCCCCAAGUAUAAGAUGAUGCAGACUGCUGUACAGAACAGUUAUACACAGACAUCUGCAGACUGCCAGUGGACCAUCCCACAGCCUCACUGCUGCUCAUGGACAGCAGCAACAGGUCUGCAAAGUGGACCCCCACAGGUAUACACAGACUUCCAUCCCCGCAGACUGCUGCUCAGUGGACCAGACCCACAGGUGGGGAAGACAGGGGCGUACCUCCAGUUUCUGGGCAUCCUGUCUCGUAUGCUGAUCCGACUGAUGGAGGUGGACAUCUAUGAUGAGGAAGAUAUCAACUUCAGUGGUCAGCUGGAGUGUGUCUAGUACCAGCCAACCUGAGCCUCCUAGCCAGUCACAGACACACUGAGGGGCAUUCCGUUUGACUACACCGUCCACGACCCCAAAUAUGAAGACAUGAGCAGUGUCUACUGCCCUGGCUACGACCCCAACACUGAUGGAAUCCCCAGACGUCAGGAGGACGUAUAUCUGCGGAGGCGUACGGCCAGAAUCAAACUGUCUAAAUACGCAGCCUACAACACCUACCACCACUGUGAGCAGUGUCACCAGUACACAGGCUUCAACCCCGCAUACCAGAUGUAUGAGUUGACCCUGCAUGCCUUCACCUUCUCCCACCUGCUGCUGGGGGAGGAUAUCCAGCUCUACUUCAUCAUUCCCAAGUCUAAACACCACCACUUCAGCUUCAGCCAACCAGGAGGCCAACUAGAGAGCAUGAGACUGCCCCUCACCUCCGAUUGGAACCCAGACUGUAUCAAGAGUCCCAUCUUCACCCCAACAACAGGUCGUCAUGAGCAUGGCCUGUUCAACCUGUACCACGCCAUGGAUGGGGCGGCCCACCUCCACAUCCUGGUCAUCAAGGAGUAUGAAAUGGCUGUCUAUAAGAAGUACUGGCCCAACCACAUUAUGCUGGUGCUGCCCACCAUCUUCAAUGGUGCCGGGCUCGGUGCGGCCCACUUCCUGAUCAAGGAGCUGUCCUAUAACAACCUGGAGCAGGAACGCAGCCGCAGGGUGGAGGGAGGAGGGCCGCCAGCCAACGUCUGGCCCUUCAUCAUCCUCUCUGAUGACUCCUGCGUCAUGUGGAACGCUGUGGACCUGGACUCAAACAGUACCUCAGGCCCUGUAGAGAGGAGCGUGUCUCUGAAGCAGGUGCUGCAGCACAUGGAGGCGUGUCCUGACCUCAUACAGUUCGGCCUCUGUGGGAUCAGGAAGUGGAGCAGUCACUCCCAAGGUCAAGGUCAGGGGUCAGGGGGAGGAGCUCGUCACAGGGAGCCUUUCUCCAGAGGACACCUCCACGACUUCCUGCUUCUAAACGUGGACCUGACCCAGGGCAUCCAGUUCAACCAGAACGGGUUUACGUGUGAUGAUGUUGACUUCACCCUGCGAGUCCACAGUGCUGGUCUGCUCAUCUGUCGUUUCAACAACUUUAGUGUGAUGAAGAAACAGAUCUCUAUUGGAGGAUACCACACCUUCAUCAUCAAGAACAAGAUGACUGACGUCCCCACCUCGGUCCAGCUGUCUCAGUAUAUCUGUGCCCCGGACAGCAAGCAUCCAUUCCUGGCCACGCCUGCACAGCUACUGCUGGAGAAAUACCUGCAACACUCUAGCCUGUUCCCCCUUAGCACAUGCAACUACACACACCCCAUACUGUCUGUGGACUGCUACCUCAACCUGGGGCCUGAGGUGACGGUGUGUUUUGUGAGUUCCAGACCUCGCUCCAUCAACAUCUGUACUACAGGGCUGCUGUUCAGCGGCCUGUUGCUCUGCUUCUGGGAUUCCUUCGUCACGCCAGGAUUCCUAAAGAACUUUCACUUCCUCAAAGGGGCGGUUCUGUGUGUGAUACGUGCUGACCGCAGCUCUCUGAGACAGACAGUGGUGAGGUUGGAGCUCGAGGACGAGUGGAGGUUCCGGCUGAGUGACGCGUUCCAGACAGCCAACGCUAAAGAGGACCGCCCCCUCUUCUUCCUCACAGGGAAACACAUAUGAACCCCCCUAACUCCUAAACCCAUGAAUCUCAACCCGUACCCCUCAGCUUGAACCCUGCUGUAGGUUCAAAACAGAAAGGCAAAAACUGUACACUUCUAGUGGAUCAAGCCAAUAACCCAUGGAGAGAGUAGCUGCUAGUGAAUAUAGCUAUGAGUCUGCGACUUGUAUGGCUCUGUUUACUGUAGCAUUGCUGUGGUAUUUACUACAAUACUCCAAUCAGCCCUCCUCCUCUCUGUUGUGAUUUGUUACAAGUCAUCAUUCCACAGUGCAUGCCACCAUUCUUAUUGUAGAUAACGAAGUGUCAUUUUUUUUAAAGAUUUUUUUUGUGAUAUACAAUGAUUAAAUAUUUUGCAUAUAUUUUGACAGUUUUGUGUCAUGUAAAAAGUACUUAUCUAUGUAAAAGAAGAUGUUUUCUUUAGUGAUUUCACGCCAGUGUUCUUCAAGAGGUGAGAACUCUUAUGUGUGUGUGGCUCUCAUUUCUGACACUCCGUGUUUGUGGUCUCCUGAUUAUCAAUAUGUUGCGAAACUUGAAUUGAUGUUGUCAUGUUCUAACAACACAAUGUCCUGUGUACUGUAUGUUUUACAAUGUAUAAAUGUACAUGU